AUUUUUACCAAUCAGUCCACAUGGUGCUAAGUCAUAUUCAUUUUGUCAAUCAGACUCAUUAUAGAUUUAAGUAUAUAAUUACAAAGAGGGAGGGAGUUACUGUAUGCUAGAAAUUUAAUCACUAUAUGCAAUGCAUUAAAAUAGAGAAAAUGUACUUUAUUGAUCACAAUUUAUACCGAAUUUUACAGUGCAUACACAUUUUUUUGUUCAUUCGUGACAGUGGCGCUACAGGGAAAGUACCAAACAUUACAGUUUUAUAGGUUAGGUGUUUACUGAUCUUUUCCUACGUAAGCUAAGAAAUUAUGAGUACAGUAACUCUUCAGAGCGUUAAUAAGACGACAUAUGCUGAAAUAGAGCAUAAGCUGAAACGUGAUCAAAACAUCAACAACCCUUGCCUAAAGGAACAUGAAUUGGCUUUAAACUGCCUUACGAAUAACCAGGAUUUAAUGAAGAGAUGUGUGCUGUAUUUUGAAAAUUACAGGAAUUGCAAGACCUUUUGGAACGAUGUUAUGAAAGAUCGGAAAUCACGAGGUAUUGAACCACAACUUCCUGUACCUGAAGAAAGAGAAAAAGUAAAAGCAGAAUAUCUAAAGAUAUACAGUUAAUAAUUUUGUAUAUUUUCUUAUGUUUAUGUUUUUUGUCAAUGUACUAUAACAUGUUUAUUCUUUAUAAUGAUACGACGUACAGGCGAGCAAAUGUUAUAAGUAAUCAUUUUUAUUGCUACAAUGUAGCGUAACAAAUUUUUGUUAUAGUUUUAAGUAGAAUUAUCUUCAAUAACUAUGUAAAAAAAUAUAGUUGAAGGACUGCCAUUACAAAAGUUAGAAGCGCAAGUAAAAGGUAGAAAAAAUAAAACACUAUUUACAUAAAAUCUGUUUAAUGUCUUUGGCAGAAAUAAAUAUUUGGAGAAUGUGUGAUUACAUUUACUAUCUAUAAAAAUUACAAACAAUACGUUAAUGCAUAUUUGCACUGACAGUAAACUCCACGUCUAAAGAAUAAAGUUGCAUUGUGUGGUUUGGAUCAGAUUACAUAGAUUUGGUUGGAUAUUGAUUGCAUAAACAACUCUGUUAACAAAAAGGAAAUAUGUAGCGUCUCAGAAUCUAUGCUAUGCACAAACUACAUUUUUUCAUUUUUCAAGAUUAUUUAUAUAUACAAGAUACUAAAUUUUGCAAAAAAUUUCGUUUACCCUAUCGCCAGAGUUAGACUAACGAUUAAAAACAACCUUCGAUAUUCAUUACAAUAGCGAACGCAUCUUAUUUUCAUAAUUACAGCUACUCAUAUACUUAAUGUAAAACGGACUAGCGAAGUGUUUCGAAUAUAUGAAUAAAAAUGUCGUAGAUCGACAACUGCAUUUCAGAUUAUAACGCAGAGCUAAUGAAAAACCUACAAAAAAAAAUAAGGCAUGUUUAAAAUAUUGAAUUUAUUCUACAUUGACUUAGGUUAUCAUAGAUAAACUUACUCUCGAAUUCACUCAAACUCCAAAAGAAGGUUAUAAUUCCGUUCUUCCAACGUGGGUCACUAUCAAUGUCUAAUAUUUCUCAUUCGCAGUCGCUAAGUACCAGGUAUACAAAUAUGAUUUUAAUAAUGCAAAUGCUGCUCUUCGGUCUGCGAUUUGGCCCAAAAAAUGGUCAAUGGAUAUUUAAAAAAAAGUAACUUAAACAAUAAUUACCAUCUACGUAUUAUACAUUAUCUACUAUUGUCAUGAAGGACAUGCUUAUUAGCGCAACAACCGUUGUCUCAACAAUCAUAUCUAGAACACGAACACUAGCGAAGCUACGAGAAGAAUUGACAAAGUGAUCAUCAAACAAUCAAGCAACGUUAUUCGAUAAUUAAAAACAGAAGAAAAUAAAAAUAAAAAA